UGUCAAAUUUCAUCUUCCCCUUCCUGUGAUUAUCCAACAUUGUCAGAUAAUUUUUCUCGAAUUAAAAGGGGUUUUUAAAAGAAAUUCAUAAUGGCUGUAAGGUUGUUAGGUAAAUUGAAGGUGCUGCCUGAUAUGUGCGGCGUGACGUACGCCAGUUCGGCGGCAGCGACCGCUACUAUAUCAGAUUUCGAUAUGCAGCAUAAAACUCCAGUUAUAAGGAAACAGAAAUUGAUUCCGAUGGCCAAGUACGGUGGAAGACACGCAGUAUCUAUGCUCCCUGGUGGUGGUAUCGGCCCAGAGUGCAUGGGAUACGUAAGACAAAUUUUUAAAUACAUUGGUGCACCAGUGGACUUUGAGGUGGUGGACAUUGACCCUACUGUAGACAAUGACGAUGAUGUUCAAUACGCAAUCACUACCAUUAAACGAAACGGUGUUGGCCUUAAGGGUAACAUUGAAACCAAAUCAGAAGCAUCCUAUGUUACAUCUCGAAAUGUGGCUCUACGUAACGAAUUGGAUAUGUACGCUUAUGUCCUACACUGCAAAUCCUACCCUGGUAUUGUAUCGAGGCAUAAGGACAUCGAUAUCGUUGUUAUUAGACAAAACACAGAAGGUGAAUAUGCUAUGUUGGAACACGAGUCCGUACACGGCGUCAUCGAGAGCAUGAAAGUAGUCACCGCGAGUAACUCCGAGCGAGUGGCCAGGUUCGCCUUUGAGUUUGCCAAAAGAAACGGCAGGAAGAAGGUGACAACAGUGCACAAGGCGAACAUUAUGAAGGUUUCGGACGGUCUGUUUCUCGAAACGUCACGCAAGAUGGCGAAGGAGUAUCCUGACAUCGAACACAACGAUAUGAUCAUUGACAACUGCUGCAUGCAGCUUGUGGCCAAGCCUCACCAAUUUGACGUGAUGCUGAUGACAAAUCUUUACGGGUCGAUCGUUUCCAACGUCGUCUGCGGUGUUUUGGGCGGAGCCGGGUUGCUCUCAGGCAGGAACUACGGGGACCACUAUGCGGUCUUCGAACCCGGCACUAGAAAUACUGGCACUGCGAUCGCGGGCAAGAACAUCGCGAACCCGAUCGCGAUGAUCAACGCAUCAGUCAGCAUGCUGGAGCAUCUCGGUCACCACUUCCACGCCGACCUCAUCCGGCGCGCCGUUAACAAAACCAUCAACGUGGACAAGAUCCAUACACCAGAUAUUGGGGGCACAGCUUCUUCAACCGAUGUGGUUGAUGCUAUCAUAGGUAACAUAGGAUACACGUAAAUAGAAAUACACAAUACGUAUUACAAUUUAAAAGCUGUCAAGUUCGAUUUGAACUCUCGUCAAAAAUGACUAGUUUCUUUGGUCAUCCAGAACUUUGGUGUCAAAAGCGAACGUUGAUAUUAAUAUGUCAGGGUUCAAUACAAACUUGUCGCUUUUCGAAUACAGUAGCUGUUUUUUUUUAAAUUAUUUUACUAACAGUCAAAUAUAGUAUUGUACGCGUAGAAAAACCAAAAUCAUAGAAUUUGUAAGUAUUUAUUAUAUUUUAUUUUAUAUUUUAGAUCUGUCAUUUUACGAGUUUUCAUUAUCAUUUUACCAAACACCCUAUAUUGUGUCUUUAAACUUCACACAGCUGAGUACAGUUGUAACGAGAGACGUGAAAACCCCUUGUAUCACAGUAUUGUAUUAUUUAAUAUGUAUUGCACUGCUGUAUUCAGAUGCUCAGAGACGGGCAAGUGCCCGGGUUUUAACCCGGUGCUUUUGUUAACGCCAUGUUUUAAUCGGGUUAAAACUCAUUAACGCCCGAAAUCAUGGGCAAAAACUAAUUUUAACUGAAUAUUUGUAAAUCAAGUAUUAUUCAAAGGUUAUGAUAUUAUUACAGUAUAUAUAUUUAUAAUACUUUUCACGUCGUAUACGGUGAUACGCGUCACGCCUGUCCCUAACAGUUGCGGUGUCACUCAGAGCUUUAAAUCACAAAGAACUGAGGGGCACUGCCACUGCGCCCGACACCCUGAAACAUAAGUUGACAAGUCCCAUGUGCCUGUAAUUUC